AUGCAGCAUCCUGCAUUUGUCAGCCUCCCAAUCAAGUGGGUGAGAGGACAUCCCCUUGUGGUAAACCGUCUGACACUAAUUUUUUUAGCUUUUCUCCUUCUGAUUUUAUUUCUAUCGUUCUAUUCGAUCCGGCUGAAGCCUCUUAUCUAUCCCGAUGCGCAACAGGUUUUAAGUGUCCAACGUGCGCACCCCGACCGUUCAGUGUCAAUGUCGAUGGCUUACAGAAUGGUUAAGUGGUGGUCUACCGGACGUCGGCGGUCCGGCAUUAAUCCGCUAGUGGUACUAGCCGUCGCACUAGCCUGCCUUGCUGAGCACGCCCGUGUGUUUGCAGUAAGUCCUCUCCCUGACGAACGUGACUUUGUGCGGGCCUCCGGCUGGGAUGUGGUGGCUCCGAUCGCACCUGCCCGCGAUGUGGAUGGUACGUACUUCCUGCCGAACACUUCCAUCCCGACGCACUACGCCAUCUCGCUGCGCACCGACAUUCACAACGAUGUGCGAACGUUUAGUGCGACCACGCAGAUCCAUCUGACCGUGCUGCAGGAAACGGAAACGCUUGUGCUGCACGUGCAGGAGCUCGAGAUUAAGGAAGUGUCGCUGCAUCGGGUGUCUUUGACCGGUCCGAUUUUGGUCGAUAAGCCCACGUUCAAGGUGGACAUCGUGAAGGAGCACGUUACGUUCCGCACCUUUGCCACGUUCCUGCCCGGUGGCUACAUACUGACCGUCACGUACAGCGGCUCGAUGCGAAACUAUCAGAGCGGAUAUCUGGUGUCUCGCUACCGGGACGCUGACAACCAGUGGCGUUCCGUCGGCACGACCCACUUCCAGGCAACGCUCGCACGCCGUGUGUUCCCGUGCUACGAUGAGCCCGCGCUGAAGGCCACCUUCGAGCUGAAGAUUACGCAUCACCGUACGUACAGGGCGAUCGCCAAUAUGCCGCUGAACGGCACCGAGAUCGAUCCUACCGACCGGGAGUAUGUGACCAGCAGCUUCGAAAAAACGCCGCCCAUGUCUACCUACCUGUUGGCGUUUGCCGUGACGGAUUUUGUGACGGUUGGGACCAGCGCCCACAGUGUGGUCGUUCGCGAGAAUGCUAGGGACGAUGCAGCGUACGCCGCUACCGUUGGGGCCACCAUUCUCGAGCGGCUCGGAACGUACCUGGAGCUGCCGUACUACGAGCAGAUGCCGAAGAUGACGUCGAUCGCGGUGCCGGAUCGAGGCACCGGUGCCAUGGAGAACUGGGGUCUGGUGACGUACGGGGAACCGUCGCUAUUGUACAACCCGACCGUAAAUACCUAUCGCAAUCGUAAACGCGUCACGACCGUCAUUGCGCACGAGUACGCCCAUCAGUGGUUCGGCGAUCUGGUCAGCCCGAGCUGGUGGGACUACAUCUGGCUGAGCGAGGGCUUUGCCACGCUGUACGAGUUCUACGCGACACGGUUGGCCGAACCAGGCGACGAGUACUGGGAGCUGUUCAAUGGCGAAGUUGUGCAGCGCGCGUUUCUGCAGGAUGCGAACGAGCAGAUUCGUCCGAUGAACUGGAACACGGCCACACAGAGCGAAGUGUCCGCUCUGUUCGAUAUCAUCGCCUAUCAGAAAUCUGGCAGUGUGCUGAACAUGUUCCGCAAUGUUCUCGGCGAGACGGCUUGGCGCGCAGGACUCACGCAGUACCUCACCGAUCGGGGAUAUGAUGCGGCAACGGAAGAAAAUCUAGCGCUCCAUCUGCAGACUGCAGUUGCGGGGCAGGACAUUCUGCCGCCGACUGCCAACGUGCGGGAUCUGCUCGCCUCCUGGACCGAUGCACCCGGCUUCCCGGUGCUCAAUGUCCGUCGAUUGUAUCGUAACGGGUCGAUGAUCCUCUCGCAGGAACGGUUCCUCGAGCAGAGCGUGCUACCGACCACCCAUGUGUGGCACAUCCCGUACAACUACGCGUACGAGUCUUUGGCCACAUUCUACGAUCUCACAACCACCGGCUGGCUGUCGGCCCGUGCGGCCAAAAUAGAAACGUCCGUCCCCGAUGACGAGUGGGUCGUGUUUAACAAGCAGCAGACCGGAUACUACCGCGUGAACUACGAUCGCCGCAACUGGGAACUGCUGACCGAGGCACUGAUGGACAACCGGAACGCCAUCCACCGUCUGAACCGCGCCCAGCUCAUAGACGACGCGUUCAAUUUGGCGCGGGCCGAUCUGCUCGAUAUGGCGGUGGUGUUGCGCCUGAUGCGCUAUCUACGCACCGAACGCGACUACGCGCCCUGGCUUGCGGCGGACAAAGUGCUAACGUACCUGUACGACAAGCUACGCGCCACCGAACACGAACACGCGCUCUUGGUGUACGUGGACGAGCUUAUAUCGGAGGUGUACGCCACCGUGUCGGUGGACACUGUCGCCCCGGGCGAAACGACACUGUACAAGUACCUACGGCAGCUUAUUACGGGCUGGGCUUGCCGUAUCGGGUACCGGGACUGUCUGGAUCGGUCGCGGGAAGCCCUGAGGAAGGAGUUUGCCCCUGCCGAGCAAGAGCCCCCGAUCCCGAUACAUCCCGACGUGCGGGCCGUGGUGUACUGCUACGGUUUGCAGGAGGACGCCAACAACGAGUUCCAGCUCAUGUUCCAGCGCUUGAUGGCAUCGCGCAAUCAGGCCGAACGUACCGACCUGAUCGAUGCACUGGGCUGUUCGCAGAACGCGAACAACAUCAUAACGCUCCUCGGGACGAUCCUGUUUAGCGCGACGCCCGACUCAAACUUUGUGUACCUUUCGGACGAACGCAACCAACUGUUCCGGGCGAUCUACUCCGGUGGCAGGACACCGACGAUGGCGCUGAUGGAUGUGCUUCAGGAUGCCGUUUCCGCGUCGCAAAUAAUGGCGAUCGUCGGCGAGGGCACGAUCAACAAUGCGGUGAUGAACAUUGCCCAGCGCACCAACGGUCCCGUAGAAAUGGAACGUCUCGAAACGAUGCUGGCGGCAAUGGAAACCAUUCUGUCUCCGGCCACCCUUAAUGCGGCCCGGGAUGUGGCAAUGGCACGUCCGCAAUGGUUCACCACAGCGGAAGGAUUAAUCGUGGGCGAGUUCUUGGAGAGCUACAGCGUGUAGGUAGCCGGCAUGUCAGCAUCGAUUGGCCGUGUCUCGAUCGGCCUGUCAAUCACGUGAAGUCAGCGGGGCCCGCGGGUCGAUAAGAUUAGAUCUUAAUAAUAAAAGAAAACCAAACAAAGUGGUUGGUUUGUGUAGGCAAAUGA